CCCAAACAGGGCAUUGGCCUCGACAACCAAAUGCGCUUCCUUUACUUGAUUGACGUCACUACCAGCACCCGGAACCUGCUGUAGGUGAGUGUCCCGUGAUUCCCGGGAGACGUGUGACUGCCGUAUCCCUUGCGUCCGGACGCCUGCUGCCACUCUUUCCUCCUUAAUGUGCUGCACAGAGAUGGGUGACAGGGUUAUCUGCUGCAGGGUUCGCCAUGAAGCACCGGCCAAGUUAUGAGAGGAAAUGCAGCGGUGAGGCCACUAGUUUAGAUGAAAAGAAACCCUUUAUAAUGCAGGCAAAUUCUGGACAUGCCCAUAAUCAGACAGGAAGGAGUGAAAGUGCUUCGGCUGGCCUUUCUCUUCCUGCUCUGCGUCUCCCAGCAGAAGGAUCAAGUACUUCUGGACAUGUAAGCAUAGAAUUGCAUCCCAAUGAUGCAGACAAUGGAACACGGUCAAGCUCAAGACAGACUAGAUCCAACGUGCAUGGACGUUUUCAGAGUCGACAUGGUCAUACCCAUUCUCAUGAAGCAGAUGGGACAGAGGCACAAAAUAAUACAGACUCAAGAGAGAACAGCAACAGCAUCUCUGAGGCACUGCACAUUUAUCAGUGGUUGGAAAAAAGUUUCCCAUACAUUCUUCUGUUCAGUGCCAAACUCAUUGUUCAGCACAUAGCAGGCAUUUCUGUUGGAAUUGGUCUGCUAACAACUUUUCUGUAUGCAAACAAAUGCAUUGUAAAUCAGGUUUUUCUAAGAGAAAAAUGUUCCAGAGUGCAAUGUAUUUGGCUCCUGGUGUUUUUGACCUGCUCAUCACUCUUCUUGUAUUAUACAUUUUACUCUCAGGCUCUUUAUUACAGCUUGAUCUUCAUGAACCCGUCCCUUGGUCCUUUACAGUUCUGGGAUGCUUUGUGGGUUGUGGGGAUCACAGACUUUGUUGUGAAGUUUUUCUUCAUGGGCCUUAAAUGUUUGGUUCUGCUGGUGCCUUCUUUCUUCUUGUCUUAUAAGUCCAAGGGCUACUGGUACAUGUGUUUAGAAGAAAUCUCUCAGUAUUACUGCACAUUUGUUUCAACACCGGUUUGGUUCCGCUACCUAAUAGAUUAUGGGUCUGAAACCAGUGGAGCUGUAUGGCAUUUUGGCAUUUUGCUGGCUCUGCUCUACCUCGUUUUGAAACUUUUGGUCAUUUUUGGACAGUGGAAGAAAUCUGCAACUAUAUUAGCAACAUUUUUCACUCAGCCUACCUAUGGGGUGGCUGCUUCCAAUAGACAGUGCUCAGAAGCCGGCGAUAUAUGCGCUAUCUGCCAAGCAGAAUUUACAAAACCAAUUGCACUGGUAUGCCAGCAUGUAUUUUGUGAAGAGUGCAUCUCAUUAUGGUUCAGUAGGGAGAAAACGUGCCCGCUCUGCCGGACAGUGAUUUCCAGCCACAAUCACAAGUGGAAAGAUGGGGCUACAUCUCUUCAACUUCGGCUGUUCUAGGCUUAAACCUUUCUAGCAAUAUAAAUAUACAUACAGCACAAAACAAAAUCCUUUUACCAAGAAAUUUGUUUUAUUAUUAUUAUUAUUAUAUCGGAAAAACGUUUCCAAACUUUCAGGAAAUUAGCAUUCUGGUAUAAUAGAGGGCUAAUGCUUUAUAUAAGGAGGACAAUUGAAUUUAGUAAAUAAGUGUGAUGUGAGCAAUAUUUGCAGUGCAAAGAUGAAAUGUCUAUUCAUAGUAGAGAUCUUUAUAUUUUUGCAUCAGUUUGAAAUGAAAUCUUUUAUUUUUAACUUCCUAUACGUACAUGACAAACAUUGCAUAAAUAUAAUGCAAGUUGUCAUGUAAAAAUUACUAAGUCCUAUUUGAAUGAGUUUUAAUUUAGGUAUGCUCUAUAUGUUGUGCUGGCCUGAAAGGAUGCACUUACAUCCCAAGAAGGUAAUUUUAUUGUCGCUAAAUAUAUAUAAAAAUUACUGGCCAUUAGAUUACAUACAGAACUUGUUCAUAUGAGACUUUCGUGAAAGGGUAACGAUUUAAGGUGCAUCUAUGCUUUUGCAAUGAACCAUUGUAUAGGGCACUAAAGUUUACUUGUUCAUUGUACUAGCCACUUCUAGCAAAUAUAUAGAUGGACCUCUACGGUAUUGUGUACACUCCACCAGAGCUUUAUUCAAGUAACUAUAACCCUUAAAAAAAAAAUUUAAUAUAUAUAUAAUUACACACUACUGUUUGGGGUCAUUUAGAAAUGUCAUUGUUAAUAAU